AUAAUCACUAAUACAAAGAAAAAUAAACAGUUGCGAAUGUAGUCAAAUGGGGGCGGUGUUUUGUUGAUACCCAAACCGGAAGUGGAACGAAUAUCCACAUCACUUCCGUCAACACUCUUGAAGGAAUUUGGAUAACUUCAACUAACAAGUUAGUCGAGUUGAUGACAGCUCCAAAGGGCGAGAACUGCCAGGUCGACAUGGAGAGCAAAUCUGGAGACCUGUUCGGUGGUGAGGAUGCUCGUCCAACUGUUGGAGCUGGAAUCUUGUCCAAGCUGGGCCUCCCUAAAGGCAUCUCAGCCAGUGUGGCCAAAGAGUGGCUGGACAGGCGCCGGUUGUCCAUCCGACCGUGGGCGAGCUUCGUGGACCAGCGCAAGUUCUCCAAACCUCGCAACUUUGGCGAGUUGUGUCAGCGGGUGGUGAAAAAUGUGGAGACGUACAACAGCAACUACACUUUCAUCUUCCUGGGCCUCAUUCUUUACUGCAUAAUCAGCUCACCGAUGUUGCUCAUUGCGUUGGCUGUGUUCGUCGGUGCUUUCUACAUCAUUCACCUUAAAUCCCUGGAGUCUAAACUGGUCAUCCUUGGUAAGGAACUGACUGUCCCACACCAGAUGAGUCUAGCUGGAACCGUCUCCUUACCUGUGUUCUGGCUGGCAGGAGCUGGAGCUGCAGUUUUUUGGGUUCUUGGAGCGACCUUGUUUGUGAUCGGCAGUCACGCCGCGUUCCGUGAGAUGGAACCUUCUGACAUGGAGGAGCUCCUCAUGGAGCCCGUGUGAAGACCACGAUUUGCACAUGAGUGUACUUCUUAUAAUUAUUAUCUCAUUGGUUACUAAGAGUAAUACAUUAUCUGUUACAAAUGAUUACUGCUCUUAUGGUGCAUUCAAUCACAUUGUUCGUCAAAUGCCAAACUUUACUUUUAUAUGUCUACUUUUUGUCUUUUUUUCUGCAGUGUUUGGGAUACUUGGAUUAAAUGAUUAACUGCUAAAAGAGGAAUAAUUACCCUUACAAAAGUGCAAUUUUAAAGGAAGAUUGAUUCCGCAUGGUACUGCAGACAAUGCACAAUGUACUUAAUGCACACAGUCAGUCUAUUUAGUACAUAUAUAACAGUAGAUUAUACAUUUUCGUUUGAUGCCUGUUUUAUUGGAAGCUAUAAUCACAAUAUAUGCAUGUCAUGUAAUCAACAUUUAAAUUUUUUCAAUUGGAUGAAAUCAUUUUUUGUGUGUUAUAAAGUUGGGCCAUGCAAUCAAA